UGUUAGUAGUGUCUAUCGGGUUAUAUUUGUGAUACAAACUGAAAAAAAAUAUACGUAUUUAGAUACACAUAACUAGUUGUGUAACGAGCAAGACGAUUUACAGAAAAGUGGACAGUUUUUUAGGAAGCGCAGAAGUGAAAUGUUACAUGUUCGUAGACUCUACAUAACCGUAGCCCUACCUAAAGCAAGAAGAUAUCUAUAAUGGCAUACAAAGAAUGCUUCCCUACAUGCCCCUCGCCGAGACGAUAAGGAUUGAUCUCGCGAGAUAAAAUCAGAAUGCGCACUAUCGGAAGGACAGAUUAAAAUCGUCAGUAGCUAAACCAUUCUAGAGAUUUCUACGUCAGACUAAGACCAAAGUUUAGUCCAAAGAUGCCUGAGAUAGGUCCAAUGAUGCGAGCCCUGGAGCUUCAGCGGCUGGUGGAGCAUAAAGUGUCGGAGUGGCGCGAGAGGUCGGCCCGGGUCAGCGGCGCCCCCGGCCCCGCCGCUUAUCACCCGCGGGCCAACUUCACGCGACACACAAACAGACGCAAGAACAGCGCAGAAAUCAACAGAAUUAUCGCAAAGUACUCCAGACCUAAUAGCAGGACGGACGAGCGACACGCGUCGAUACAAACAAGCCAAACACGUAAACAAGUCCAGUCCUACCAACCCGCGCCAAUCAGACCCGCGCGACAGAAGAAAGGAUCCCUCAAGGGGUCUAAAAGUGAAGACAAUCUCGCGAAUAUGGACUCUGAGGUGAGCUAUUACCCAGAGAUCAAGCCCCCGCCGAGAUACAAGUACAGGACGAAGAGUUGUGAGGAUAUAACGGCUUUUGUUGACGUGAACCAUAGCAAGAAGAGCACCAUGUACCAGGAAAACAGUAUACUGAACUCCAAAACCGCUAGCCAGGUGAGGCCUGUGCCGCUGCCAAGGAAGCAGCUGCACAGCAUCUGUGAGGACUCCAUGACCGAGUUCAAGGACAGUGCCAUAGAAAUCAGAAGUGAGGACAGUUUUAGGACGUCGACUCCGAUAUCUAAGCGGAAGACGUACAGUGAAGGUGAAUUCGGGACUAUGAGUGGUUUCCAGAAGUGUGUGAAGUAUACGUCGAACGUUUUCACGCUGAGGAAAGGGCGGUCGGAGCCCGACAUCCUGAGUGCUAUUACUAGUGUAGAGUCAGUGGGUUCCAGUAAGACAUUGGAUGCCAAGAAGCGUUGGAAGAAUUUGAAGUCGCCGUUUAGAAAAGCAGCGUUCUCUUUUCUGGUUCCCUGGAAAAAGAAACAGAGAGAGGAAGUUUCUGAUAGUCGAAUACAAGAAGUAGACGACAGUUUCUUCGAGCGCUUCGGUUCGAUCCUGCGCCAAGCGUCGCGUAAGGCUGAGCUCGAAGAAUCCACACCACUCGCCCCGUUUAUAGAGAAUGAAGAACAAGAUGGAGAGAAGAGGGUGGAUGUGGACCUGCAGGGAGAGGCUCCAGGCCCGGCCAGAGACUCCGACAGCGGGAAUGAAACCCUGCUAGAUACUGACUCUGAGCCGGAGGAUCCAGAUAAGAUAGACCUCUAUGCGGAAGCUGUUGGGUGGAAUAUCGAUGAGCUCUACUUGGAGAUACUAUACGAAAUACUCCACAAUGUCGGCGGAUGUGACGUGAGCACGGAAGUGGGGCAGCUGGCCAUGCUGUCCUAUGUCCAAGAAGCCUUCAGGAUAGCCAACGACAAACACUCACAACUCCUAACACAAGCGGAGGCCAAAGAACCCCCAGAGUUGAUGCUCAAUGUUGAAGUUAUUGAGGCAAAGGAACUAGUACCGAAAGAUCCGAACGGUUUGAGUGACCCAUUUGUCACCAUAUACCUAAUGUCUAAUUCGUCACAUAGGUAUAACACGUCGGUAAAAUCAGGAACAUUAAAUCCUCAAUGGGAAGAGCAUUUCUCUUUACCUAUUCCGGAGAACUUGCACGAAGACUCGCUCUGUUUAGAAGUUUGGGACUUCGAUCCAGCAGAAACAGUGAAAGAAAAGAUGACAAAGAUAUUCGAAGUGAAAGGUGUGAAGGGGCUAAGAAAGCUCAUGAAAGAAAUAGCUAUUACAGCGUCUACUGGGAAACAUGAUAAUGAGCUUAUUGGCAAAGCUAAUAUACCACUUAAGUCGAUACCCGCCGGCGGCAUGACAAUGUGGUACAGCUUAGACAAGAAGAACAAGCUCCGCCGCCAAGGCGUGGUGAAGGUGCGUCUCAACUACUCCUCGGAGAAGAACUCGCGCGUCGCGGCGCAGGAGCACCGGCACCUGCUGCGCGUGCUGCUGCUGCACGAGCUGGACAUCUCCCGGGUGGCACCAUACUGGUGGUGUGGCAACUUCAGCGCAGCCGCUGAAGCGAUACUAACACAACACGUGGCACAAAGCGGACUUAACCCAACAGACAACGCUCUCGCCCAAUGGUCCGUCUACUGCACAGUCACAGGCGACCACCCUUUGAGCUUCGCCCUCUUCAACAAUCUACUCGAAAAACUCACCAAGCCGAUCCAAGCCGGAAUUAUAGACGAAGAGGACGCCAAGCUAUUCUGGGAUGGGGCUAAGAAACUGCUUCCAACCUGCUUUAAUCACAUACGUAAGCUGAGAAAGAAGACGGCAGGCGAUAAAACCGUAAUGAAAGCUUUAAGGGAAGUGCUAAAGAUUCUUUAUCGGUUGUCCAUGAUGGAUGUUCCCGAGUCUAUUGAGAUGUUUCCACCGAAUUUGUACGGAUGGUUGAGGAAUGAUUCGGGCAAGAUAACGUUGUACGAAGUCUUGAACCAGGCGGCGACGCAAGGAGCGUCUGAUUGGUUCGUUCAUAUAUUGGACAAUAAUGAGUGUAAGGAUAAGACUGAAGAGUCGAGGCUGCAGCAUUUGAUCAGAGUGAUACAGUUGGUCCGAUCCGAUCUACAACGGGCUAUAGAAUACUAUGACAGAGUUUUUGUUGAAACAAUGAACUUCCCGUACUCCAAAGCUCUGUACGGCUUAUACGAAAACAAAAUCGCAUCACUAGUGGAACCGGAAGUAAUCGAGGUGUGCAAGAGUCUAAAGAGGUUGCGCUACAACGAGGGCUCGACCAAUAGCGUGUAUUUGGCGGGAGGCCUGAAUGGAGAGACAGUGAUGGGACAACCGGAUGUGAGCGCCGAGCCAUUGUCUAUGGGCACUACGCUUUUCGAGCUGUACCUCGCUUUGCAGAGGUUUUUGACCCUCGGGCAAGGCCUCAACGAGACCGACUGGACUUCGUAUUCCAUUUCCAAAUUCCACUCUUGGUUUUUCGGCGGCGUGGCCCAAUGGCUGGACAUAGCAGCUUACAAAGCACUGACUCGCAUAGAGAAGGCAGUGGAACUAGACGGGCUAACUCCAGUGGACAGUAAUGUAAAGUAUAGUAGCUCCGGUGUCGACACGCUAGCUAUCUUCUAUCAGAUCAAGAUCUUUUGGGAGCAGCUGUCGUGGCCUGAUGUUGAGGGCUGCUAUACUUUCGUUGGGAAGAUUAUUGAUGACAUCUGCCGCUGCUGCGUAUUCUACUCGGACAAGAUGGCGGCUCGCGUGGGCAACGUCGGCACCGUGACAUCUGUGUACGACUCUCGCUUCGAGGUGACCACAGAGUGGUGCGUGGCCAUAAACAACAUAGACUAUGUGCGGCAGAGCCUCAAGCCGUUUGUCGAUGAGCUGGCCAUACAGAAGAUUAUUGAGAGCAUGUGCGAGUUAAGAUCGCCUUUGGAGGCUCAGAGGUGUAAGCAAACGCUGGAGAAUGUAAUGGAAAAUGCAAUAGAUACCGUCAGGAAUAAGAUAGUCGAGCUUUUAGAAGUUAUGGUUAAAAAGAUGAUGCCCUCAAUAACCCGUUUCCUAGUGGAAGGCGCAGAGUUACUCCACCACGACUGCUCUAGUAUGGAGAGAGUGAUGCGUUACUUAGAGGCUAACCUAGACACGUUGUACCAACAUUUGAACAAUGAGAACUUUUCCAGAACACUCGAUAUAGUCUGGGAACAACUGGGCGAGGUGUUAUAUGAACUCAUACAGGCUAACCUCGAGAAAGACAAAAUAGCUACCCGUGUCCGCUUGCUUAGCCGUAGAUAUUUUGGUAAAAACAAAGUAUCUCCCAGUCCAAAUAAUACAUUGUUUCGGAAACGUCGACCCCCGUCAUUCUUUUCAAACCUGCACGAAUGCCUCAAAAUAAUGGUUCGCUCUUUCCGCCAAGACGGCAAAGAGCAAUUUACCUCUGAAACCCUGAAAAGGGUAGAAUAUCUGCUGAAACUCCACGGUAUGGAGACCAGGGAGUUGAUUCAUCAGUAUCAUCUUGAAAGGUGGCAAGAACAACAGACCACCACAGAGCCUUCAAUAGGGAUGUUGACGGUGCGAGCGCAGUUCUUGGAUGAUAAUCUGAAGUUGGAGAUUAUGAAUGCGCGGAAUUUGACGCCUACGGAUUCUAACGGUCUAUGUGACUCGUACGUGCGUGCAGCUCUGUUGCCCGAGGAUAACUUCGCGAACGUCGUGAAGCCGAAGACACAGACUCACAACAAGAAUCUCUUCCCGCUCUACGACGAAGUGUUUACCAUCCCGCUAACCCACGAGCAGCGAGCUACCAAAGACGGGCUCAUCCAGUUCGUGGUAAAAGACAAGGACAUGUUCAGCGUGUCCAACACGUUCAUGGGCGAGGCGUAUCUACACUUCGACGAGAUACCGGCAACUUCUGCCCCGCUGUCUUCUACUCCUCAAGUUCAUCUUACGCUUACUAAACCUAGGGAUAUCGAAGGGGACGCGGUAAAGGCUUUAGAAACUCGUCAAGGCGACAAGCAAGCCCGGGAGUUCCUCAAGAAACAGAAAGCCAAGAUGCCCGGCAGACAAUUCUUCUCAUUAAGUUAAAUACAUUCAUGCUUCCAUUCGAAAACGAACGCACAAAAUAAUAUAGCCGUUAGUUGCUUGGUUCAGUUUGGCUAUCUAACCCGAUUACAAGACCAUUUCUAAGUUAACGGCAUAAUUGUCCCUUUUGAGUAAGUAUAUAUACUUAUUUAUUAAAUAUAUUUUCUGGCACGGUUAGGUGGUCCAAACUAACAAAAUGUAUGUGUCGGUAUGAACUUGUUAUUACACUUUCAGGAUGGUAUAAACGUCUGAAAUCCUUGUAUCUAACAAGGUACCCAUAAAAACUUGAUUUUAAGAAUUAUCUGUAGGCUAUCUUACGAAAAAAAUUCAACUUCUUGCAUUUUUUUGCAGAUUCGAUAUAUUUUAUUUCUUACAUCUGUAUAUGUGAAGAUAUAAGUACUACAGCCAACCCUAAUUAUUGAUCAGCUUUUUAAGAUAAUCUCAAUAAGUAAUAUGUAGUCAUAUUACUUUUAUUAAAUUUACUUAUACAAUACGUAACUGUUGCAAGACUACCCAGUCUAUUAAAAAUACUGUUCAUAAAUAAACAAAUAUGGUACAUAAUGAACAAUAAUGAACAUUAUACUUAACUAUUCUAAUAAGUAAGUACAUAUUUGUAGCUGCAUGAAUAAAUAAUGUGACGAGUAGUAUAUUUAUACUAGACUGAUAUUACUUAAUAUUUUUUAAAUCGUAAUGUAUCAUUUAUAGUUACUUUGGGAAAUAAGUCCACCAGUUAACCAGAAGUAGAUACCUUGUUUAGAAUAUUACGAAUCUCCUCGUUGUUUCGCAAAUGUCAAUUAAACGUAUGUAAAUAAUGAGCUUAAAAUAUAUAAUGUCUUUGAAAUAUAAAAGACCAAUAUACUAGGUUUUAUAGAUGCUUUUAACCGAUUUUCGGAGAAAGUGUGGCUAUUUCUUGCGUGUAUAUAAGAUAAGUAUGUCUGUCUAUUGUCUGCUUUAUUAUAAAUGCCGAGAUUAGUAUUUAAGGAUCUCAUAAAGUCAGCAAUAAUUAAGCUACUAUGAUAUUUGCUUCAUAACAUAAUUUACUCAUUUUAGCAAUUUAUAAAUUAUGUUUAUAAUAAGAACAGUUAUGAAAUCAAUAUAUAACUACUUAUACCAAGUAUUAUGUAUAUCAUGGCAUGGUACGAAGCAUAUAUUUUUCAGCUUCAUGGGUUCAAUUAGACAAGCCAACUGUGGUCUGAAACAAACACUUAACUCUGAAGGCACAACAUUUAAUUUUAGCUAGUCACUCUUUACUUUUUGCUACAUGAUAAAAAUUACCUUUUCAAAGUUCGGACAUUGGUCACAUUGGCAUGACAAUUUAAAUUUUGUUCCUUCAGAAUCAACAUCAAUAGUAUGCCAAGAUAUCCAUGAGUCAUGUGAUGUUGUGUUGAAAAAAUCCCUGAUGUCCUUUUUAUGUUAAUAUUGAUAGUCGCAAGUGUUGUAUGAGUUCGUUAUUACUGUGAUAAAACGAAAAGUGCCUUAGAUUUAAAAUAUUAUAUUUAUUUACAUUACUUAUAUCUUGUUUGUCUUAUUUAAGAUGUGAUUUUUAGAUUUUCCCUUUAUUUAGUUUUGCCAUUCUUGUUGUUUUUAGUCCUUAUAAAAAUCCUAAGUUACAUUUCAUUUACAGUUUCAUAAUAAUUUGGAAAGUAUAAUUUUAUAUUAAUUUAUUAAAAAUUUAAUACAAAA